AUGGCGGUCGCGGUGCUCGUGGAGGUGGCGGCAGUCAUGGACGAAGCGGAGGAGGCGCCGGGCGCGGAGGACGGCAAGAACCUUUCAAGAAAGCCUGUGGAAAUGGCGCCCUCCGCCGCCGCCGCCGUCUACCGGCCGUCCGCGCUCUCCAUCUCGCCGCCGGCGCACGACGACGCCUACAGCGGCGGCGGCGGUGGCGGAGCUCCUCUCCAGCUCCACCUCGACUCCUUCCAUGCCUCGACGUCGCCGCCGCCGUCCUACCACAGGUACGCGCACACCAGCACGCCGCUCUUCCCAGCGUCCGGCGGCUAUGGCUGGUUGUCGUCCAAGGAGCAUUGCCUCACCCUCGGCGGCGCAGCCGACCUGAGCUUGGACAAACCGGCGGACCACCACCACCACGACACCACGUCGGCGACGACGACGGAGAAGCCCCUGUGGCGAUUCUUGGACGAGUGGCCGCGCAGCGACGACGGGAGGACGCCGUGGGACGGCACGCAGCUCUCCAUCUCCAUCCCCACCGCCGCCGCCUCGUCCCCCGAUCUCGCCAUCGCCGGCGCCGCGUCGCGCUACCACAACAACGGUACGUGCGUUGCAUUGCAUCCAUGGCUCCAUUGCACGACCGAUGUUUCACUCACCACUGAGGCACUGAUCGAUCGAUUCUCGUUUUUCUUGUUUCAUGAUCGAUCAACCGACCAGGCGACCGUCUGCGGACGAACGAGUGUUGAUCCGGCGAGUUUGGUUGCUGCAUUCCUGAGACGCGAUGGCACAAGCAGACGAGUAGCAGUAUCAUCGAUCAGAUCAAAUGCAUUGGCUUGA